GGCAGGGCUAUUUAAGCCGAGGCUAGAGGGCUGGCUGGGAACCCAGGAGCCUGUCCUGAGAGUUGCCGGCAUGGAUGACAUCUACAAGGCUGCGGUAGAGCAGCUGACAGAAGAGCAGAAAAAUGAGUUCAAGGCCGCCUUUGACAUCUUUGUGCUGGGUGCUGAGGAUGGCUGCAUCAGCACCAAGGAACUGGGCAAGGUGAUGAGGAUGCUGGGCCAGAACCCCACGCCUGAGGAGCUGCAGGAGAUGAUUGACGAGGUGGAUGAGGAUGGCAGCGGCACAGUGGACUUCGACGAGUUCCUGGUCAUGAUGGUUCGAUGCAUGAAGGAUGACAGCAAAGGGAAGUCUGAGGAGGAGCUGUCAGAUCUCUUCCGCAUGUUUGACAAAAAUGCUGAUGGCUACAUUGACCUGGAGGAAUUGAAGAUGAUGCUGCAGGCAACAGGUGAAACUAUCACGGAGGAUGACAUUGAGGAGCUCAUGAAGGACGGGGACAAGAACAAUGAUGGUCGCAUAGACUAUGAUGAGUUCUUAGAGUUCAUGAAGGGUGUGGAGUAGACAUUGACCUUCACCUGGAGCUGCCCAUGUCUUCCUUCCCACUGCAGCCAGGUCCCGGGGACCCCAGGCAGGGAAUGGGGUCCCCAGGCCCUGAACCUGGGUGUGUCCUUGACCCCUGGCCCUCCCUGACUCCCUCCUCCACCGGUAUCCUGGGGAAUGCAAAUAAAGCCUUGCUCUCUGGG